CCAAUGUCACUUUAUUAUUGCCUUUCAAGGUGCAUUGCUUGCACAGUGAACUGUUUCUAGCGACACCAUUACUAGCUUGGUUUGAACUGUUAGCUAACGAACUAACAUAGCAUCUCUCAGCUGAGAGCAUGAACCCUCCCUUAGAAGUGAGCAUGCGCACAAUGUCUUGUAAACAAUGAGACGAUUCCAGACCUUGACUUGAGCAUUGUGUCUGUUUCAACAGUUUAUCUUUGCUGAAUAUUAAAAUAUAUUUCAGAUCAUGAACGAUAAGCAGUUAAGAUGAUGUCUGGUAAGUAGGUAGAUACGACAUUUGUCAUCAAAUCUGUGUUGAGAUAGCUUGUAUCGAUAGCAUCACCAUGAAGACAUGAGAUAUCAGAUUGUUAAUGCAUGAAAAUAGAUAUUAGGAAUGGCACUUGGGCGUGAGCAUGACUGAGAUUGCAUCGACGGAGAUUGUAAAUAUUCCCUGAUUUCUCUGAAAUCGAGGACGUUUAAAAACAUCGAAAGCAAAAGGCUUUUAACGUGCUUUAUUCCGUCCAAAUCUAGAAUAUGAUCGGAGCUUUUUUUGUGUGCGAAGCUUUCGAAUCGCCCCUUCCUUUCAUGGCUUGCAUGUUUUGUGAACCUGCAAAAAAAAACAAGCGGCACGUAGACUUGCGUUACUUCACUAUUUGAUCUAGAAAGGAUGACGUGGAGUUUAUUUCGGGGUUUUAUCAUAUACAGAGUCAGGCUAUGCUUUAAAACAUUCAUUUGACGGCAGAGACCUACUUAUGGUCUGUCUUGAGGAUCAUGGGGAAUAAGGUACACUUGUCAAUUAGCUCAAAAGGCAGGGCUCCAGACUAACAUUGAACUUUUUCAGUUGGUGGUACCAGCGACACAAAAUAGAAUACAUUUGAGUCAUUUUAUAAAGUCAUUCACAAUGCUUUAUUAAGAAGUGUAAUAGACUACUGAGAUGAUGUAUGUAUGAAAAAAACAAAACAUGUAUGCACUAACUGUAAGUCGCUCUGGAUAAGAGCCUCUGCUAAAUUACUAAAAUGUAAAUGAUAUUAGCCUCCUGUAGCUCAGUUGGUGCAUGGCACUUGCAACGCCAGGGUUGUGGGUUCGAUUCCCACCGGGGGCCAGUAUGAAAAAAUGUAUGCACUCACUAAAACUGUAAGUCGCUCUGGAUAAGAGCAUCUGCUAAAUGACUAAAAUAUAAAUGUAAAAAUAUUCAAUAAAUAAGUUGUUACAUCUAUCAUGUCCAAGCAGGAAUGCAUGAUUCAAAAUAUCUUGACAUGCAACUUAAUCCAGUGAUUAUGAAUUUUGUGUUAAUGAAAGUAGGGUCCAGAAUUAGUAGAUUUUUUUUGCCUUAAUCUUUUUGUGCACUAAUUUGGUACACUGCUCAAAAAAAUAAAGGGAACACUAAAAUAACACAUCCUAGAUCUGAAUGAAUUAAAUAAUCUUAUUAAAUACUUUUUUCUUUACAUAGUUGAAUGUGCUGACAACAAAAUCACACAAAAAUUAUCAAUGGAAAUCAAAUUUAUCAACCCAUGGCGGUCUGGAUUUGGAGUCACCCUCAAAAUUAAAGUGGAAAACCACACUACAGGCUGAUCCAACUUUGAUGUAAUGUCCUUAAAACAAGUCAAAAUGAGGCUCAGUAGUGUGUGUGGCCUCCACAUGCCUGUAUGACCUGCCUACAACGCCUGGGCAUGCUCCUGAUGAGGUGGCGGAUGGUCUCCUGAGGGAUCUCCUCCCAGACCUGGACUAAAGCAUCCGCCAACUCCUGGACAGUCUGUGGUGCAACGUGGCGUUGGUGGAUGGAGCGAGACAUGAUGCCCCAGAUGUGCUCAAUUGGAUUCAGGUCUGGGGAACGGGCGGGCCAGUCCAUAGCAUCAAUGCCUUCCUCUUGCAGGAACUGCUGACACACUCCAGCCACAUGAGGUCUAGCAUUGUCUUGCAUUAGGAGGAACCCAGGGCCAACCGCACCAGCAUAUGGUCUCACAAGGGGUCUGAGGAUCUCAUCUCGGUACCUAAUGGCAGUCAGGCUACCUCUGGCGAGCACAUGGAGGGCUGUGCGGCCCCCCAAAGAAAUGCCACCCCACACCAUGACUGACCCACCGUCAAACCGGUCAUGCUGGAGGAUGUUGCAGGCAGCAGAACGUUCUCCACGGCGUCUCCAGACUCUGUCACAUGUGCUCAGUGUGAACCUGCUUUCAUCUGUGAAGAGCACAGGGCGCCAGUGGCGAAUUUGCCAAUCUUGGUGUUCUCUGGCAAAUGCCAAACGUCCUGCACGGUGUUGGGCUGUAAGCACAACCCCCACCUGUGGACGUCGGGCCCUCAUACCACCCUCAUGGAGUCUGUUUCUGACCGUUUGAGCAGACACAUGCACAUUUGUGGCCUGCUGGAGGUCAUUUUGCAGGACUCUGGCAGUGCUCCUCCUGCUCCUCCUUGCACAAAGGCGGAGGUAGCGGUCCUGCUGCUGGGUUGUUGCCCUCCUACGGCCUCCUCCACGUCUCCUGAUGUACUGGCCUGUCUCCUGGUAGCGCCUCCAUGCUCUGGACACUACGCUGACAGACACAGCAAACCUUCUUGCCACAGCUCGCAUUGAUGUGCCAUCCUGGAUGAGCUGCACUACCUGAGCCACUUGUGUGGGUUGUAGACUCCGUCUCAUGCUACCACUAGAGUGAAAGCACCGCCAGCAUUCAAAAGUGACCAAAACAUCAGCCAGGAAGCAUAGGAACUGAGAAGUGGUCUGUGGUCACCACCUGCAAAACCAGUCCUUUAUUGGGGGUGUCUUGCUAAUUGCCUAUAAUUUCCACCUGUUGUCUAUUCCAUUUGCACAACAGCAUGUGAAAUGUAUUGUCAAUCAGUGUUGCUUCCUAAGUGGACAGUUUGAUUUCACAGAAGUGUGAUUGACUUGGAGUUACAUUGUGUUGUUUAAGUGUUCCCUUUAUUUUUUUGAGCAGUGUAUAUAGGCCUCAUUCAAUUGGUUAUAAUUCAUCACCUGAGGAAGUGGAAACUCAAAACACAUUAGCUAGAUAGCUAACUCUAAAUAUAACACCUACUGCAAGUAGCCAUGGAAACAGUAAAUGUAAUGUCAAACACUUUUUUGCAAUAAGGCCUAGUGUACUCGCCAUGGCCGAUGCGAAAUUUCGCAAGCUCAGUAUUUCAAAGCUAUAUCAGAUAUCUUGAUUGUAAAACAGUGUGCUUUGAGCUCAAUAGUGAUAGUUGAGAACUAUUAUACCUUCAGAAAGCAGAGACCAUCCUCUCUUUAAUAUGGACAACUAGUUGCCUCCAAAGUAGUUUUUUCCCCCCACAAUUGCAUUUUUAAAUGUUAUACAAUCACGAGGGGCACACGAGUGGGGAGAGAGUGUGAGAGGCUCGCGCAUUACAGCAGCCGGUCCCAGCGAAACAGGCAGGAACAGCGGCAGGGCAGACACUUUUAUUACAGGAAUCAUGAGAGUAAUGCACUUUACUGUUGGAACAAAUUAAUGGUUUUAUCCGCCCAAAAAAUAGGACGUUUUGAUUGAGGUGACCAGGUACCUCAAUCAAAAUUUAAAAAAAUUACUCGCACACCGAAGUCAAAUGGUUGCACUCUGGAGCCCUGAAAGGGGUGUCUGUUUCAUUCUUCUUCCUAAAUACAGUCAAAAAUCUAUUUCCUAGCCAUGCAAGCAUUAAGAAGUAGCAUUAGGCACAUUAACCAUUGUUAUAUUGUAUUAUACUGUCACUAUCAUUACACAGCAGUUUGUAUCUGAAUGUGAUAUCAUAUGAUGUGUUCCCCUCUGACUGCGCAGGUAGCCUAGCUGAAGCAUGGAGGUGGUUCUGAGCAGGCUGAGAGGGCUGAGUUCAGACGAGCUGCGAGAGGAGUUCACCAGGGCCGACCUCAAGUGCGGCCCAAUCACGGCCACCACCCGUGCCAUCUUCGAGAGGAAGUUGGCCCGCGUCCUGGUGGGAGCCGAGGGCAGCAGCAGCGCCACAGAGACGGACAGCAGCAGUAAUGCCACCACUGCAGGCCCAGCCACAAGCAGCAGUGCAGCGGCCGCCAGCGCUGCAGAGCAGGCCAAACCAUUGCCAUCAUGUGCCACAUCAGCACCCACUGGCACUGACUCUCCUAAGGCUGUCAGUGAUGAGGUGGACUUUGGUUACGGAAUGGGGCUCAAUCCCCCAGAGGAAGAGGAACUUGGCCUGACAGUGAAGUCAAGGACCCCUUGUAAUAUCAGUAGGGAAGACACUGGAUCUCAGUCUACAGCAGAGUCUCCUUCAAAGAUGGCACAAGUGUCACCAAUGUUCUAUGGAGUGUGUCCGUUGUGGGAGGAUGUCUUGGCUAGAAAUGGUAAGAAACUGUUAUUUCACCUGGGCUGAUGUAAACUAUCCCUGCAAUUUACACUUUGGGCUGUUAAUCAGUCAAAAGUGUAUUUGUCAUUAUAUAUUUUCACAUACAGAAAUGCAAAGGCAGAGAACUGUUGGCUGGAUAGCUAUUGGGUUGCACAGAGUGCAGUGCUCAUCUUCUGUAUGUUGACCAUGCUGUCACACCACGCUAAGGUCCAAUUCAAACAUUUUAUGUUGCUUCUCUAUGACAUGAUGCUGUUCAGUGGUUGAGAUCCAUAGCACCUGUCACCUUAUGGCUUUCUGCAUUAGCAUGGCCACAAAAACAUUUGGAGUAAGAAUUUGAACUGCUUUGCUUGUAAUGUCGGCAAAAUAACUGACCAAUAAAAUCCAGUUUACAUUCUGGAAUGUUUCUAUUUGUAGGUAGAUAUAAAGAGCUAUCUAUAGCCUAUCUAAACAUACCUUUUUAAUGUUUAUUUUUUCUCAGUUCCAGAGAGGGCCCACGUGUAUGGCGAUAAGAAGGAGGCUCUUCAGGCUGUUAAGAUGAUGAAAGGAGCUCGCUUUAAAGCCUUCUCCAAUCGAGACGAUGCUGAGAAAUUUGCCAAGGGAAUCUGUGACUACUACCCCUCUCCCAGUAAAUCCACCCCCUGUGUCUCCCCUGUCAAACCAGGCCUGGUCUUCUGCAAGGGUGAGUGCUGGGCUGAGAUUGACAAUUAUUCUCUCCUUACAAAAAAUACAUUAGCUUGAAAAAUAUGCAAAGUCAGUGCUUUUCAAGGGUGUUUGGAUGGCAUUUCAUUUCUUGGACUCGUCCAAAUUUGAAACGAGUAAGCUGUUUAUCACAUAUUCUGCUGACCUCUGUUUUAAUCUCUCUUGUCUGUGGCACUAGACAACGUCCCUGUCAUGGAGGUAGACACCAUCAACAGGGAGAGGGCCAACAGCUUCAAGAGCCCUCGCUGCCAGGACCUGACAGCCAAGCUGAGGAAGGCUGUGGAGAAGGGGGAUGAGGUGGCCUUCAGUGAGCUGGUCUGGAGCAACCCACGCUAUCUCAUCGGCUCUGGAGACAACCCCACUGUUGUGCAGGUGAGUCAGGGAGCAGAUGAUAAUAAUAAUAUGCCAUUUAGCAGACGCUUUUAUCCAAAGCGACUUACAGUCAUGUGUGCAUACAUUUUUACGUAUGGGUAGUCCCGGGGAUCGAACCCACUACCCUGGCGUUACAAGCGCCAUGCUCUACCAAUUGAGCUACAGAGGACCAUGAUUACAGUGAAGUAUCACAAAAAUAGGUAGUCAACAACAUAGACAGAUAUGAUUCCUCCAGAUAUGACUCAGUCAUUUUGUUGACCAUGUUGUAACAGAACUGAUCUAUUACUCUGACAAUUUAAGUAUCAACCCUAUUAGUUUUCCAUUUUCCAACUGAAUGAAUGAAUGUUUCUAACCACAGCCCAGUCUCAAGCCAGGCCCCUGUAGGAAAUGGCUGUGACAAACCAGAUGUGACCCAACACUGACCUGCACUAAUUUCCUUCAUCAAUGUCCGCUGUGUGUUCCUAGGAGGGAUGCCGGUACAACGUGAUGCACGUGGCAGCAAAGGAGAACCAGCCGGGUGUCGCCCAGCUCCUGCUGGACACUCUAGAGAAUCCUGACUUCAUGAGGCUCAUGUACCCUGAUGACCUGGAGGCCAUGCUGCAGAAACGCAUCCGAUACAUCAUAGACCUUUACGUCAAUACUCCAGACAAAGCUGUGAGUCCCCUUGUCUCACCCUUUCUCCAUAUGUACCUGCUGAUAUAUUUAAUUGUAGGUUUAACACUGAAGAAGGCUUCUAGCCGAAACAUUUGUGCAGACAAGGCUUUUAGCCGAUUCCCCUGUGCAGACAAAAUAAUUUUAAGAAACUGAAAAAUGAAGCUACUUUUUUGAGUGCAGACCUACAGUGUUUUUUAAGUUGAACUGUAAGCGACUUGUGUGUUCUGGAUUGACUUGCCUCUGUUCAUAGUGUAUAUGUGUAACUCUGGUUGUGUCUGUCCCAGGGCUUUGAGACACCACUCCACUUUGCCUGUAAGUUUGGUUGUCCAGAUGUGGUGAAUGUCCUGUGUUCACAUCCUGAUACGGAUAAAAACUGCAAGAACAAGUAUGACCAGAAGCCAUCUGAUGUGAGUUGCUCCAGAUAUACACUACUGGUCAAAAGUUUUAGAACACCUCUUAUUCCAACAGUGUGCAAAGCUGUCAUCAAGGCAAAGGGUGGCUAUUUGAAGAAUCUCAAAUAUAAAAUAUAUUUUGAUUUGUUAAACACUUUUUGGGUUAUUAUAUGAUUCCAUAUGUGUUAUUUCAUAGUUUUGAUGUCUUCACUAUUAUUCUACAAUGUAGAAAAUAGUACAAUUAUAGAAAAACCCUUGAAAGAGUAGGUGUUUUAAAACUUUUGACCAGUAGUGUAUAAAUUUUUUAAAGCUAGCUACCGACUGCUCAGUGAUCCACAUUACUUUGGUUUCCUGACAGGUUAUUUGUGAAAGGAAAAACAAAACCCAAGAGGUGAAACAGAAGAUAUGUGACUAUUUGGAAGGUAAGUGCACUUCCUCUCAACCACAGGACUUGUGUUUUUGUUAUCUUCCCUGUUUACCCCAAAGCACCUUCUCUUCUGUCACCCACAGAUCGCUGUUAUAUACCCUUACUGAGGGCCACUGACAACUCUUCCCAGCCUGUCAUUGGUGCUCCCUGGUCACCUGAGCCAUCAGAAACUCUUCAUCAUUCGCUGGCUCCCAGGCUCACACGAAGUCCCAUGGAUCCAGUGAUGUCAGUUAGGGCAUUCGUUGGCCCACUCAGCCCAUCUAAGGUAAUUGUCACAUUAUGUCCUCUUUCAACUCGCACUCUUCUUUUCACCCAUUUUCACACUUUAUUUCUAUAUUUUUUUAACUCAUUAUAUUUUCAUGUGGGAAGCUGUUGUAGAAACACAGGAUGUACAGUGCCUUUGGAAAGUAUUUAGACCCCUUCACUUUUUCCAAAUGUUGUUAUUUUACAGCCUUAUUCUAAAAUGGAUUAAAAAUAAGAAAUCCUCAUCAAUCUACACACAAUAUCCCAUAAAGACAAAACGAAAACAGAUUUUUAGAAAUGUUUGCAAAUGUAUUAAAAAUACAAAACAGAAAUACCUUAUUUACAUAAGUAUUCAGACCCUUUGCUAUGAGACUCGAAAUUGAGCUCAGGUGCAUCCUGUUUCCAUUGAUCAUCCUUGAGAUGUUUCUACAACUUGAUUGGAGCACCUGUGGUACAUUUAAUUGAUUGGACAUGAUUUGGAAAGGCACACACCUGUCUAUAUAAGGUCCCACAGUUGACAGUGCAUGUCACAGCAAAAACCAAGCCGUGAGGUAGAAGGAAUUGUCCGUAGAGCUCCGAGACAGGAUUGUGUCGAGGCACAGAUCUGGGGAAGGGUACCAAAACAUUUCUGCAGCAUUAAACGUCCCCAAGAACACAGUGGCCUCCAUCAUUCUUAAAUGGAAGAAGUUUGAAACCACCUAGAUUCUUCCUAGAGCUGGCCGCCUGGUCAAACUGAGCAAUCGGGAGAAGGGCCUUGGUCAGGGAGGUGACCAAGAACCCGAUGGUCACUCUGACAGAGCUCUAGAGUUCCUCUGUGGAGAUGGAAGAAACGUCCAGAAGGACAACCAUCUCUGCAGCACUCCACCAAUCAGUCUGGCCACCUUCCACCAAUGUAGAGUGGCCAGACAGAAGCCACUCCUCAGUAAAAGGCACAUGACAGCCCGCUUGGAGUGUGCCAAAAGGCACCUAAAGGACUCAGACCAUGAGAAACAAGAUUCUCUGGUCUGAUGAAACCAAGAUUGAACUCUUUGGCCUGAAUGCCAAGUGUCAUGUCUGGAGGAAACCUGGUACCAUCCCUAUUGUGAAGCAUGGUGGUGGCAGCAUCAUGCUGUGGGGAUGUUUUUCAGCGGCAGGGUCUGGGAGACUAGUCAGGAUCGAGGGAAAGAUGAACGGAACAAAGUACAGAGAGAUCCUUGAUGAAAACCUGCUCCAGAUCGCUCAGGACCUCAGACUGGGGCGAAGGUUCACCUUCCAACAGGACAACGACCCUAAGCACACAGCCAAGACAACGGAGGAGUCGCUUCGGGACAAGUCUUUGAAUGUCCUUGAGUGGCCCAGCCAGAGCCCGGACUUGAACCCAAUCUAACAUCUCUGGAGAGACCUGAAAAUAGCUGUGCAGCGACGCUCCCCAUCCAACCUGACAGAGCUUGAGAGGAUCUGCAGAGAAGAAUGGAGAAACUCCCCAAAUACAAGUGUGCCAAGCUUGUAGCGUCAUACCCAAGAAGACUCAAUUCUGUAAUCGCUGCCAAAGGUGCUUCAACAAAGUACUGAGUAAAGGGUCUGAAUACUUAUGUAAAUCUAAUAUUUCCGUUUUUUUAUUAAAUUUGUGCAAAUGUCUAGAAAUAUUUCUUUGCUUUGUCAUUAUGGGGUAUUGUGUGUAGAUUUUUUAGAAUAAGGCUGUAACGUAACAAAAUGUGGAAAAGGUGAAGGGGUCUGAAUACUUUCUGAAUGCACUGUAUGUAAGAUGAAUUGGUGUCCCCCUUGCAGGCAGAUGAGUUCCGCCGGGUAUGGAAGACCCCCCCCAGAGACAGGGCGGGGCACUUCCAGCACAUCCUGAAGUCUGACCCUGACCAUGGAGCAGAGAGAGUGGGCAGGUACGUCUAGAAAGCCACCAGUUCAACAACAACAGUUAAAUUAAGAAGAAGGAUCUAGUGUAUUUUCUGCCAUUCUACUUCAUCCUUUACCAGCUUCUCCAACCACAAUGUUAUGUUCUCCUCCCUCACAGAGAACUUGCCAGAGAGCUGGGCUACCCCUGGGCUGAGUACUGGGAUUUCCUGGACAGUUUUACAGACCUGUCUUCUGCAGACGGCCUCCGUAAGCUGGAGGAGUACCUCAACAAGAAGGACUUCAGUCAGCGUGCAUACGAAGAGGAUGGGGAGAACAAAACCAGCAACCGCUUCAGAACCUCUUCCCCAGGUAAUGUUAUCCCCACCAGUUGCUAUUGAUAAACUGUAUAGUACUGGUAUUGAAUUCAGAUGAUCAAGUUUGAGAAAUGAGAGCGAUGAUACAGCCAUCAAUGUCUUGAAUUGAUGCUCCCAUACAACUUUAGAUUGAUCAGUAAAUGCAUUUUUUGUAGCUUCACAUGAACAUUUUCCCCUCCUCUCUGCCAUUUACAGGCAAGCCCAAGAAGUUCUGCAACUCCAUCUCAGUGGGGGCCUUCCUGGACGAGGGUGAUGACAUCAGCCUGGAGGAGAUGAAGAACCGUCAGAACACGGCACUCACCAGCAUUACCUCCUCAGCGUGUUCUAAGGACAGUCUUGUGGGUGCUGUGGGUGGGCUGGGCCUCCGUGAGUUCCACAUCCUGCCCGAUGACCUCAUCGAGACGGCUGCCGAGCGAGACCUCCUGUGCUCCUCCGUGUCAGAGAGCCUCCUCUCGCCCGUCUGCAACAACGGCCUGGGCCUGUGCCACUCCAUGGGGGCAGAGAGGACUCACAACGGGGAUAUGGUGUUCCCCCGCGCCUCCUCGUCCCCCUCCUGCCUACUGUCGCCCAUCUCCAACCUGAUGGUGGAGUUUGAAAGGAUGUCCCUGCAGGAUGGAAGGAUGUCCCUGCAGGAUGGGGUGGACAGCACCACCAGAGACAGGGAGAGGAGGAGGAGCGGGGGACACAGGCACGGUGGGCACAGGGAAGGACUCUCUCGGGACGACCUGGCAUCCGGGGUGGGCCGUCUCACACUGGGGGGUGACACCAAUGAGGACUCAUUGUUUGAGAGGGGCUGUAGCUCGGAGUCCGGGGACAGGGAGGGGGGCAUGUGGAGGGGGACCUGCGUGAGGGGGGAGGUGGAGGGAGCGGUGGUGCUAGGGGUGGAGGACAGGGCCAGUGGUGGAAGCGGCAGCUCGGAGGAGUAUUUGGUGGCUGAGGAGAGCUUGGAGGCUCUGGGCCCGAGGACUAGGGUGCUGGGGCCAGGGACCGUGUCAGGGCGCACACUCUGCGCCAGAUCUAAGUCGUGGGAUCACGGGGGGAGGGAUCUGAGCAGCUCAGGAUCAUCCAGCUCCUAUAAGUCCCUGGACAACUCCAAAGAGUUCCUAGCACGGACCCCACCUCGCAUCAGAAGAAGAAGACUUUUCAUUGAAGGGUGAGUGAUGAGAAUUAGGGUGAUUGUUCUGAGGUUUUUAAUUAAGCAAUAAGGCCUGAGGGGGUGUGGUAUAUGACCAAUAUACCACGGCUAAGGGCUGUUCUUAUGCACUACGCAACGCGGAGUGCUAGGACACAGCCCUUAGGACACAGCCCCGAGGUGCCUUAUUGCUAUUAUAAACUGGUUACCAAUGUGUAAUUAGAGCAGUAAAAAUACAUGUUUUGUCAUACCCAUGGUAUACGGUCUGAUAUACCACGGCUUUCAGCCAAUCAGCAUUCAGGGCUCAAACCACCCAGUUUAUAAUUAAGGAUAAUGUACUAGAGCUGACUGCAGAGGCGAGCUGUUAUGUAUUUGGUGGGGGAAAUAAUGAUGCACAGUGGGAUGACUUCCUGCUUACAGACAUCAGCAAGCAACAGCAGAAUUCAAAUCUGCCAGCAUGUUCAACAUACCUCUCUUGUUUUGUCUUUGGUGUUUCAGGGAUUCACCAACCAAGUUGGACAGAGAGGUCCUGUCGGCAAUAGAAGCCACAGACCUCGACCCCUCGAAGUUCCCCAGCAUUCAGAAAUGGAAAAGCACAAUGCAGACAUACACCUCAUCAGACAUGCAAAGGUAUGCAUGUCUCCAUGCAUAUGAACAGUUGUCACUGCCUGCGAGUUGCCUUGUAAAUAUGGAAACACAUUGACGAGUGCUUAAAAUUUCAGUUGCUAUCGUAUGAAAACAACCAAAUAUAUGCAGACUGAUGGUGGUAUUGUUUCUGUUUGUCUUUCAGCUGGCCCAGCCCUGCAGUGGUAAAAAGCAGACCCAGGGUACAUCAGGUCUCUCGCCUCACACACGGCUCUCCUGUCAGCAGCCUGGUGUCCCCUGCCGGUGGCCGCUUCAGUCCCGCCCGGCACACAGGCGCUCCAGACUUCACCAGCCCCAACCGCUACAGCCCUGCACAUGCCAGCUACAUCCAGCGCAUCCGCCUCAGGCACUUCAACGACCCCUAG